UCGGACAAGUCGCCGCAGUGGAGGUAGUGACUUUACCGCCGGGAGAUGUCACGGCCGCUGUCAGCAUGAUGACGAUGAUGAUGAUGCAGCGACUGAUGUGCCAACAGCAGCAGCAGACGCAGCAGCACCCGCAGCAGCCGCAGCAGCCGGCGGGCGCGUCGCCGGUGGAAGACCCCGCGCCGAGGCUCUUCUCGUUCGGCCAGCACCACCACCUGCACCACCACCACCACCACCAGCACCACUUCGUCUCGGCCAAGCAGCCGGCAGACUCGCCGCCGGCCGAGGAGGCCUCUCCGGCGCCGUCCUCCGCCGGCGUCGCGAGAGACGACGCGGGGGCGGAAGAGCGGCCGGCGUCGCUGCCGGGCGACGCCCCCGCGGACGAGGAGGAGGAGGAUGCGGCCGACGACGACGACUGCAGCGAGGAGCUGAACGUGGAGGACGAGCCGGCGGCGGCGCCGGUGGACCUGACGGCGCGCCAGCUGCAGCUGCCGGGGGCGGCGCGGCUCGACUCGCCGUGCAGCAGCUCGCUGCCGUCGCCGUCCCCGCAGGGGCCGACGCCGGCCGACGACAAGCUGGCGCCGCACUGCCGCCGCCCGGACAGCGUCUCCAGCAUCGGCUCGCUCACCAACGACGUGGCGGCGACGCCCGCGGGGGCGGUGGCGGCCGCGGCGCACCAGCGCAGGCUCGCCUUCUCCGUCGAGAACAUCCUCGACCCCAACAAAUUCACCGGCCGCACCGCGCCCGCCGCCGCCAACAACAACGCCCCCGCCGCCGGCUGCUGUUGGAGGCCGCACGUGCUCGUCGACUCCAGGUCUCCCGACCACGGAAAGGAGCUGACGGGAGACGAGGACGACUCUUGCGGCGUGCGGGAGGACCUCUGCAGCGACGCGUCCGACGACAAGAGCGCCUCUGGCGGCAGCAGCAAGAAGAAGAAGGCGGGCAGCGGCGGCGACGGCAAGGGCGGCGCGGGCGGCGGCGCGGGGGGCGGCGGCGGCGGAGGCGGCGGCGGGGGCGGCGCGGGAGGCGGGGGCGGCAGCGGCAAGCCGCGGCGCGCGCGCACCGCCUUCACGUACGAGCAGCUGGUGGCGCUGGAGAACAAGUUCAAGACGACGCGCUACCUGUCGGUGUGCGAGCGCCUCAACCUGGCGCUCAGCCUGUCGCUGACGGAGACGCAGGUGAAGAUCUGGUUCCAGAACCGGCGCACCAAGUGGAAGAAGCAGAACCCGGGCAUGGACGUGAACUCGCCGACGGUGCCGCCGGCGGGGCCCGCGGUCGCAGGCCCGCCCUUCGGCGGCUCGCCCUAUUCGCACCACCAGCACGGCGGCCUGCUGUACGCGCCCUACCCCUACUCGCUGCCGGGCGCCGGCGCCGCCGCCGCCGCCGCCGCCGCCGCCGCGCCGCCGCCGUCGCAGCCGUACGGCCACCCCUACUUCCACUCGCUGGCCGGCCACCACUCGCUGGGGCACUCCUCAUGAGGCCCGCCGGCUCACGGCCCGCGCCGAGCCGCCUAGCCUCGCGCUCACCCUCCACCGCAAAGCCGAUAAGCCCGGUGCCCGCUUCCCGUAGUUGCGAGAUCCCCGGGACGAGACGCGCGAAUGGACACUGUGCUACGUCUCGUCUCCGAACAGUGAAAUCGUCGCAGGACCAAAGUAGUUCGACAGGGAGACUCCUCCCAUUUGUUUGGACCCAAAAUACUCCGACAAAUUCCUGUCUUCACCACGAAACCUUAAAUGUGAUGAGGUUCGGACUGAAAUGUAACUUUCUGACAUAUUACAGAUGCCAGAUUAUAUAUGUUGGCCCUAGGCCAUACUACGUUGAUCCUAACCCUUAUGGGGGCUCUGUCCAGUUUCGUCCAGCUGUCCAAUGAGUGCUUCUGUACAGGGACUUGAGGUCCAUAAACGCUAAUGGACACUCUGAUAUAAAUAUUUGGCUCAGCUUGCAAAAGUGAAAUCGCCACUGGACCAGUGCAACAGACAGGGGAAAGUCAGCUCCCAAUUUCGAGCCUUUGUUAAUAUCCAGAUAAAGUGCCUCUGACCAGAAUGAAACGUCAGCUGCAAUUUACGUUGUAAUAAAACUUCCUGACAGAUUAAAACUGUGAAAUGAAGUGCUAUAUUGGCUCUGGCUCUGCACCUGGUGAGUGUUUCGUCCAGUUUGGUACAACUAUCCACUGAGAUAGCUUCUCCACUAGACCUCGAGGACGAGAUCGACAUUCUUAUACAAGUUACCUCAAGUUUAAAGAGUUAAAUUGGCCUAGGACCAGAGAAAUUCAGCUCCCACAUAUCGACAGACUUAGUUAAUUAUUUAUUUCAAGUUUCUGCUACCAGUCACUUUUUAUUUUAUUUUAUGCUUAAUCUAACAUAAUGCAACGCGUUUCGAACAUGUUCCGUUCAUUUUCAAGCGUUAAUACAUACCUACAUACAUGUAUAGAGAAAUGUUACUUAAACAUAAACAGUCUUAAACUAGUCUAGGACACUUUGUCCAUUGUUUUUUAAUUUUUU